UGGCGUGCGCCGGGAGGCGGGACAGAGGUGGGUGUGUGGCACAGCUGAUGCGGUCUCCAUCACCAGAUCGCAGCCACAGGCGACAGCAGCUGCGUUAGAACCGACUCGCGCACACCGCAUUCACAGCCUCCUCGCACCCUCAAUAUUGCAGCCGGACUCUUCGACAGGCAGGGAACCGAGUCGGCGGACGGUCGCGCGGGGCUACUCGAAAUCGCGCGUCGCUGACAGCGGUGGUGCAAACAUGUGUAUCCCCACUGGCUGGCGCUGUCAGUGUGCCUGUGACGGCUGGCGUGGGGUUGGGCGGGGCUGAGUGAGCCAUGGGCAGCGUGGGUAGCGGGGUGGCUGGCGAGCAGGAGUUCGCCAUGAAGAGCGUGGGAACGCGCACCACCCUGCCGCGGGCCCCACCCACCUCCCGCCGUGGCCCCGGGCACCGCAGCUGCAGCACGGAGCGCCCGCCCCCGUCUGCGUCCGAGGGCACGGAGGCCACCACGUCCAGCGACGGCCGCAGCUGCAGCACCGACCGGCCCCAGCUCACCGGCUCUGACUCCGCCGCCUCCAACGGCGACCGGCUGCUGUCCAACGCGGCAUACCUGAACGGGGCGGGGCGGCGGGAGGGGCCUCGGGGGGGGAGCGGCCUUGAUGCGUGCGGGAAUAACGUGCUUCUCAACAACGAGAAGGCAGGUGCCGGCGCUACGGCCAUCCAGUACAGAGAUGCCCCGGGGGCCAAAUCAGACAAACACAACCCCCCCAAACUCCUGCCCGUGUCUGGAAAAUUGGAGCAGAACAAUGCUGGGCUGGUCCGCCCAUCCGCCUUCAAGCCCGUGGUGCCCAAGAGCUUCCACUCCAUGCAGAAUCUGGUGGGACAGAGUGGAGGAGGGGGUGGAGGGCGUGGUGCUGGGGGGGCCGGAGCUCCCAGUGCCCCGGCGAACCACAGAGAGCAGGACAGUCCGGCAGCUGGAAGCGGGGGUGGACAGGGAGGUCUGUCUGACUCGGGGAGAAACUCCCUGACCAGCCUGCCCACGUAUGCGGGCUCAGGUUCCGGGUACGCCCCUCCCCAUGCCUUGCCCCCCCUGAGUGCCUCCACCAGCCAUAUCAACCGGCUGGGCACGGCCGCGCCCUUGGACCAGCCUGGCUACCAGAAUGGGCUGAGUGCCUCUGACAGCGGGCGGUCCUCCUCUGGGAAAAGCACCUCCUCCUAUCAGAGACUCAGCCAUCUGGGCGACGCCCCCCCGCCUCUACGGCCCUCUCCCUCCUCUGACGACAUCAUCCAGGACCUGGAGGACCGCCUGUGGGAGAAAGAGCAAGAGGUGCUGCACAUGCGACGGAACCUGGACCAGAGCGAGGCGGCCAUCGUGCAAGUGUUCGAGGAGAAGCAACGGGUGUGGGAGCGGGAGAUGGAGGAGCUGCGGCAGAACUACGCGGCGCGGCUGCAGCAGGUGUCCCGCCGCGCCCAGCGCAUGCAGCAAGCCCUGCAGGCCCAGGUUGCCCGGCUGCAGCAGGACAAGCGGCGGCUGCAGGAUGAGAUCGCCACCCUGCUGGCCCACCGGGAGGAGCUGGAGAGGAAGUGCCUGGACUACAGGAAGGAGCAGGCCGACAUCCUGCCACGCCUGGAGGAGACCAAGUGGGAGGUGUGUCAGAAGGCGGGGGAGAUCUCUCUGCUGAAACAGCAGCUGAGGGAGAGUCAGGGUGAGGUGACCCAGCGGGCAGGGGAGAUGGUGGCCCUGCGUGGCCAGCUCAAGGAGCUCACGGUUCAGCUGAGGGAGAGGGAAGAGCUGGUGCUGGGCCUCAAGGACUCCUACAGCAGCAAGAGUCUGAAGCUGGAGCACUGUGAAGGAGAGCUGAAGAGGACUCUAACUGAGGUGUCUUUGCUGAGGGAGAAGUUGGGCGGGUUCGAGGCGGAGGUGCUGGGACUAAAGCAGGCAUUGAGUGAGCUGAGCGGGGGUGGAGCUGUGAGCGCAGUGAGGGGUGGGGGCGCAGGGGCGGCCUGGGGAGAGCUGCCCUCGCCUCACAGCUCCUCCAGCGCCCCUCCCUCCGCUUCCCCGGAAGUUCUCCUGAGCCUGCAGAGCGACGAGGCCAAAGCACAACGGCAGGAGGCGGAGCGGCAAGAGGCGGAGCGCAGGGAGGCGGAGCAGCAGGAGGCGGAGCGACGGGAGAAGGAGCGCAGAGAGGCGGAGCUCCGGGAGGCAGAGCGCAGAGAGGCGGAGCUCCGGGAAGCAGAGCGCCGAGAGGCAGAGCUCAGAGAGGCAGAACGGCGGGAGGCGGAGCUCAGAGAGGCAGAGCGCCGGGAGGCGGAGAGGCGAAAGGUGGAGCGGCAGGAGUCAGAGCUUCAGAAGGAGGCGAGGCAGGAGGCGGAGCGGCAGGAGGCGGAGCGACAGGAGGCGGAGCUGCAGGAGGCGGCGGACCUGCGGCGGCAGCUGGAGCGCCUGCAGGGGGAGCUGCGGCUGGAGAGGCAGCAGAGGCAGCGGCAGUCACUCUCCUUCGCUCAGGAGCGCCACAUCUGGCAGGACGAGAAGGAGCGCGUGCUGCAGUACCAGGCUCAGCUACAGCUCAGCUACGUGGAGACGCUGCAGAGGAACCAGGCUCUGGAGUUGCGCAUGGGCCAGCUCCACGACAAGCUCUCUGCCUCCCCCGCCUCGCCCCCACCCUCUCUGCCUGUCCCGCUCACCCUCACCCUCUCCCCCCCUGCCGAGGAGGAGCAGCCCCCCGCCCUCCAGCAGUUGGCCCCGCCCUGGCCUGCACACUCCCGCCUGGAGAGGAUCGAAUCCACUGAGAUAUAAGGCUGAACCACCCAAGAUGGCAGCUGACAGAUCAUUACUAA